AUGACUUCCCCUAAUCAGACAAAUCGUCCAGUCCUCCGAGUACAAAUUAAUCAGAUUGACUAUUCAUUGGAAGUACCAGGUCCUUUCGAUAACUCUAAUCUUCCAAAAGUUCCUGUUCUUCGUAUCUACGGGCCCUCGUCCAUCAGGAAAAAGACGUGUCUGCACAUCCACCAAGUGUAUCCCUAUUUUUUUGUAGAGUACACGGGAAGUCUCAGUGCUCGCCAUGUCAGACGAUAUGUCGCCAGAUUGACGCACUCAUUAAAUCAUGCGAUUGCUAUUUCCUUCAAACGCACCACCCAGGCCAGGCCGCAGUAUAUUCGUGCUAUUAUCCUGGUAAAAGGAAUCCAUUUCUAUGGUUUUCACUCUUCCUAUGCGCCAUUCCUCAAAGUCUAUGUCGUGGAUCCAGGUCUCGUCAGUCGCAUCGUGACUCUGUUGCAGUCUGGAAGUGUUAUGAGCACCAGAUUCUGCACAUACGAAAGUCACCUCAGCUACACCUUGCAGUUCCUCUCAGAUUUCGGACUGUACGGAUGCGGUUGGAUCGAACUUGAAAAGGUGUUUCAGCGUGGCGCAGAUGAAGAUGAAGAGGGCCCUGUUUUCAGACGCUCAUCCUCGUUUCGCCAAUCACGCAUGCCGCUCGAAGUCGAUGCACAGGCCUAUCAUAUUUUGAACAGACACGCUCUUGUGGCCCGUCACCAUCAUCAUGAACUGAGGAUUCCUGCCCUCCCAACUCCUAACGAACCACUUGUUCUUAGCGUUCGAGAACUUUGGGAUGACGAAAGAAGACGCCGGGCUGCGCGUGGCCUCCCACCUUCACCUGAACUUCCUGUGGACCUUAGCAGUUCCUCUAGAGGCUCUGGAGGUGAAUGGGUUGCUGAAGCCAGGUGGUGGGAAGAAAUCCAGAAGCGAAUCGAAAACGAAAGACACCAGGAGCCUCCGGCGAUCGAUGGGAAGGAAGGUUGGGAAAAAUGGGCCAUGACAACGUUCCAGAGUGUUGAGGCCCUUUGGGAAGACUCUUACAAGAUUUGGAAACCUGAGGGAACAAGCAACACGAAUGAUGAACGCCAAUUGUCUAAUGCCGAUGCCAACGAACUCCCAGAUGACAGCACAGACGACGUCGACAUCGACAUGACGAUACUUUCAAGCCAAGAGAUGACCAAAAACGUACAGAUGGAGGAAGAAGCAUGGGCUAAUAUGAUGGACCAGGAACAUAAUGAUGCGUACGAUGAUGAAGAAUACAACGAUGACGACUUUCUCGACGAAAAUCCUGUAAAUCUGGACGAACACAAGGAUCAAGUUAAUGAGGACCCGUUUAAGGGAUCCCCAAUAAAUACCGAACCAGUGUUUCCCAAUUUAACUCGCAUGUCAAGCCGUUCAAGUUCAGGAUCCUCCACUCCUCCUGAGAGACUGUCUCCGUCACCAAGUCACCGGAAAGGGAUAUCUCAAACGAAGAAUAAUAUUGUCACUCACUCGCAGGCUCAUAAUGAAUCUGCCUCAAGCUCACCUAUAAAGAGAACCUUCACAUAUCAUUCGCAACAUAUUUUGAAAUACACACCCAACGCAAACGGCUUUGAGUACGCCCGCCAACCACCAUCUGUCUCUGACCUUCUAGCAAGCCUUUACAUGCACAACAUUCCCAGCAAGAUCUACCGCCCCCCCUAUUACUCCAAAGAAAUUGAUGCUCCUGAUCGGCCUCGAGAAUACGCUGGAUUGGUAUAUCAUCUGAAGGGCGGCAAAGGCAUAAAGAAUCUUCCAGCCUGGGAACCCAUCGGAUCUGAAAUUUGGAAUAGUCUUGUCGAAGCAGGAGAUGCGCAAGGUUGGGAAUACGCAGGACAUCCGCCCAGUGUGAAGUCGGUUCGGGCCUGGUUGAAAUCCGAUGAGGGAAAGAUGUUGACUGGAGGACAGACUGUUCAGCAACGAUCUCAGAUAGAAGGUCCUACUCAGGCAAACGUCUACAAUAUCAAGACCACCCCUGUAGACACAAGCUCCGUUUCUCGUGAAAGACAUGACAUGACAGUGUUUUCAUUAGAAGUGUUUGCACCAUCCCGAGCUGGUAAACUACCUGACUCUGAUGAAGAUGCAUUAGCAGCAGUCUUUUACUCGUUUCGAGAGACAGAAGAGAGAGCUUAUAAGUCGGGUAUCUUCGCUGUAGAAUCACCACAGUUCAGUGCCCAUCAGAUACGCGACUUCGCUAUUGAAAAGGUCGAUAGUGAGCUGGAUCUUAUAAAUGCAGUCAUCGACAUAGUCUUGGAUUUGGAUCCAGACAUCGUUGUUGGCUGGGAUGUACAGCUAUCUUCUUGGGGAUAUUUUUCUAAGAGGGCGGCUAUAUACGGCCUAGAAGUCUCGGAAUUGAUUUCGCGCGCCACAUUAUCAAGCCGAAGAAGUGGUUCUCUCCAAUGGGAAAUUCGGAAAACUUCCACCUUUAAGGCCGCAGGCCGUCAUGUUCUUAAUGUCUGGAGAAUUAUGCGUUCGGAACAGAAUUUAAAUACAUACACCUUUGAAAACGUGGUUUUCAAUGUCCUUCGACAGAGAACUCCUUGGUAUUCAUCCUCUACCCUGACCAAUUGGUACCGGGGCGGGAGACCUACACAAUUGGGCAUGUUGUUUCGCCAUUUUGCUUCUCGGACAUCAAUGGUACUCGACAUUUUGAAGUCCGUCGACAUCAUUACCAAAACUGCAGAAUUUGCCCGUGUGUUCGGUGUGGACUUUUUCUCCGUCAUCAGUCGCGGCUCUCAGUUCAAAGUCGAAUCGUUUAUGUUUCGUAUUGCUAAACCAGAGAGCUUCGUUUUCAUCUCACCGAGUAAAGCCGAUGUGGGGAAACAAAAUGCUGCUGAAUGCAUGCCCUUGAUAAUGGAACCACAGUCGGCAUUUUAUACCAGUCCUGUCGUUGUCCUUGACUUUCAAUCCUUAUACCCUUCCAUCAUGAUAGCUUAUAAUUAUUGUUAUUCUACAUGCCUGGGAAGAAUAAUCGACUUUCAAGGGCGAAACAAAUUUGGCGUUACGGACCUUGAACGUCCCCCGGGUUUGCUGGAAAAACUUCGGGAUCACGUCCAGGUUGCAGCAAAUGGUAUCAUGUACGUCAAGCCUGAGGUCCGCAAAGGCUUGCUCGGCCGCAUGUUGGUCGAAUUAUUAGAAACACGAGUAAUGGUAAAGCAAGCCAUGAAAGGUGUCAAGGAAGACAAGGCUCUGAGGCGCAUUCUGGAUGCUCGACAGCUGGGACUAAAAUACAUCGCAAAUGUUACAUAUGGUUACACCAGUGCGACGUUCUCUGGUCGAAUGCCUGCAGUGGAGAUCGCGGACAGCAUCGUCCAAAGCGGUCGUGAAACGCUUGAAAAGGCCAUCAUGCUUAUCGACUCGACUCCUAAAUGGGGGGCCAAAGUCGUUUAUGGAGAUACAGACAGUGUUUUCAUUUAUUUGCAUGGAAAGACCAAAGAACAGGCGUUUCGCAUCGGACAAGAUAUUGCUGAUGCCAUUACAGCUUUGAACCCUCCCCCCAUCAAGCUCAAGUUCGAGAAGGUAUAUCUUCCAUGCGUCCUAAUGGCCAAGAAGCGUUAUGUGGGGUAUAAAUACGAAAGUAUAGACGAAACAGAACCCGCUUUUGAUGCAAAAGGUAUCGAGACCGUCCGUCGAGAUGGAGUUCCUGCGCAGCAGAAGAUGACCGAAACCUGUUUAAAGAUCCUCUUUCGCACUCAAGACCUCAGCAAGGUUAAAGACUACUGUUGCAGGUCAUGGUCAAAACUUCUAGGAAAUAGGGCUUCAGUUCAGGACUUCAUAUUUGCAAAGGAAGUCCGUAUGGGGACGUACAGCGAUGAAAUCCCACCUCCGCCGGGCGCAGCCGUAGCAGCCAGACGUACGCUACUGGACCCACAUCACGAACCACAGUAUGGAGAGCGCGUACCGUACGUGAUUUCUCGAGGACCACCUGAUACAAGACUGGUAGACCGAGCAAUGGAGCCACUCGACCUGUUAAACAAUCCUCAUGCCUCCCUUGAUGCAGAAUACUACAUAUCGCGAGUGCUUAUUCCGCCGUUGGAACGAAUCUUCAACUUGGUAGGCGCCAACGUACGACAAUGGUAUGAGGAGAUGCCCAAGCUAAAGCCCGCUGGGGAGCAACCUGUUUCGCCGUCGAAAAAGAAGGCUGGACCCGAAGCCGUCGAACGUUUCAAUAUUGACGAGCACUUCGGCAGUUCGUUGUGUCUCACAUGCGGCUCCUAUGCACCUGAAGGAAUUUGUGACGUAUGCCGCAUGGAUACUCGGGCAACUAUGGCUGGUGUCCUGAAUCGUAUCAACGUCGUUGAAAAACGCUUCAUGGAAACGCGAAAGGUCUGUGCUUCGUGUGCACAAAUACCUGGGAGCGAAGAAAUACGCUGCGAAUCAUUGGACUGUCCCUGGUUGUUUGCGAGGAGGAAAUCAGAGAGCAAGCUGAACACGCUGGAUACACUCAAGGAUCUGAUACAUGACCUGGAGCUAGAUGCUUUGGAAGACGAAGAAGCCGAACUGAAUGAAGUGAGCUGA